AAUGACAUUAUUUAAAAUUUUUAAAUUUCCCGCCGCCGGCGGCGCCCGUACGUCCCGACGUCACAGGGACAGGACACAGAAGCCGGAUGCCGGCAUCGGCCAAAGGAGAUGGCCGGGGAUGCUGCAGGGGACACAUCGCGGGAGCGCAGGGUAAGGUAAGUGAAGAACAGAUGCCGGAGCAGUGCCGCAUGGUAUUCCCGAGUGUAGCUCGGGGUUACCGCUCUUGGUACUGAAAUGUUACCCCGAGCUACACUCGGGAAUACCGCCAAGGAGAGCGACAGUCACAUAGGGGUUGAUUUACUAAAACUGGAGAGUACAAAAUGUGGUGCAGCUGUGCAUGGUAGCCAAUCAGCUUCUA